AAUGCCCAUAUUUGGUGUGAGCAGGUGAACGCGAAGGCGGAGGAUGAGGCACGGUUGGGGAGAAAAGGAGGUAUAUAGUCUCCUGCUGAAAUGUGGAUGCUACACUUCAUUGAAGACAUCAUUCCCGGAUUCUUGAAGAGAAAGCAUCCUAACUGACAGAAUGGCUGAAGAUGAUAUUGCUGCACUGGUGGUUGACAAUGGUUCAGGCAUGUGCAAGGCUGGUUUUGCAGGGGAUGAUGCUCCCCGUGCUGUCUUCCCCUCCAUUGUUGGAAGACCCAGACAUCAGGGUGUGAUGGUGGGCAUGGGACAGAAGGACAGCUACGUGGGAGAUGAGGCCCAGAGCAAGAGGGGCAUCCUGACUCUGAAGUACCCCAUCGAGCACGGCAUUGUUACCAACUGGGACGACAUGGAGAAGAUCUGGCAUCACACCUUCUACAAUGAGCUGCGUGUGGCCCCCGAAGAGCAUCCCGUCCUGCUCACAGAGGCCCCACUCAACCCCAAAGCCAACAGGGAGAAGAUGACCCAGAUCAUGUUUGAGACCUUCAACAGCCCAGCCAUGUAUGUAGGUAUCCAGGCUGUGCUUUCUUUGUACGCAUCUGGUCGCACCACAGGAAUCGUGAUGGAUUCCGGGGAUGGCGUUAGCCACACGGUGCCCAUCUACGAGGGCUACGCUCUUCCCCACGCCAUCCUGCGUCUGGACCUGGCCGGACGUGACCUCACGGACUACCUGAUGAAGAUCCUGACUGAGCGUGGCUACAGCUUCACCACCACGGCCGAGAGGGAGAUUGUGCGCGACAUCAAGGAGAAGCUGGCCUACGUGGCGCUGGACUUUGAGCAGGAGAUGAAGACCUCUGCCUCCAGUUCCUCUCUGGAGAAGAGCUACGAGCUGCCUGAUGGACAGGUCAUCACUAUCGGCAACGAGCGCUUCCGGUGCCCUGAGACCAUGUUCCAGCCGUCCUUCAUUGGUGAGAUGUUUUUCUGUGUCUUUUAACGGGGAACUUCAGCU